AUGCAACCCGCUUACCACUCCAACCAACAACUCCAUGCUCAGGGCGCAUACCAGCUCAACGACGGCGCGAGCUUCGAUGACGACUAUCCUGUCGAAACACACAUCCCAGUUCGAGACGAGUACUACGGCGCCACCACGCCGAAUGAGGAGGUGUACCCACUUACCACCUACCCUGCUGGCCAUGGGUCGAGCGCGUAUCUGCCGCCCCAGCAUACACCGAGUCCGGGACCGGGGUUGAAUGCUGGUCCGGGUGUGGGCGCGUUCGAGGGGUAUACGGCUGGUGGGGUGAGUCGGGAGCCGAGUCCGGCGCCGUUUAGGCCUGCUGGGUUGGAGGAUGACCCGCAUUCACCCUUGUUGAAUGCGCCAUAUCCCUAUAACGCCGAUAAUCUCGAUCCGGAAGGAAACGUCCGCUUCGGCGAGCCGCCACCGACGCGACAGCCGAGACGUUUCAAGACGAUUAAGAGGGUCGAGUUGUACCAGGGAAACUUGGUGCUCGAUUGUCCCGUCCCGUCGAAGUUGUUGCAGAAGGUUCCGAGGAGGGAUGAGAGGGAGUUUACGCAUAUGCGAUACACAGCCGCGACCUGUGAUCCCGCCGACUUCAAGUCCGAGCGGUUCACAUUGCGACAGGUGUUGUACGAACAACCCCGCCACACAGAACUCUUCAUCGUCAUCACGAUGUACAAUGAAGACGAGGUAUUGUUCGCGCGUACCAUGCACGGUGUGAUGAAGAACAUCCGACACCUCUGUUCCCGAGAUCGUAGUCGGGUCUGGGGUAAAGACGGGUGGAAGAAGGUCGUGGUUUGUAUCGUCUCCGAUGGUCGUACGAAGAUCAACCCCCGUACACUUGCGCUAUUGGCAUCAUUGGGAGUCUACCAAGACGGUGUCGCGAAAAACAUCGUCAACGGUAAACCAGUAACCGCACACAUCUACGAGUACACAACCCAAAUCACCAUCGACCCCGAACUCAACACCAAGGGAGCCGAGAAAGGCUAUGUACCCGUCCAAAUGCUAUUCUGUCUCAAAGAGAAGAACCAGAAGAAGAUUAAUUCGCAUCGAUGGUUUUUCCAGGCUUUUGGGCCGGUGUUGAAUCCGAAUGUGUGUGUGCUUUUGGAUGGAGGUACGAUGCCGGGACCGACAAGUAUAUAUCAUUUGUGGAAGGCAUUCGAUAUCAAUAGUAAUGUCGCGGGUGCUUGUGGAGAGAUCGUUGCAUUGAAGGGAAAAGGAGGUGUCAAUCUGUUGAACCCCCUCGUCGCCGCACAAAACUUCGAGUACAAGAUGUCCAACAUCCUCGACAAACCACUCGAAUCCGUCUUCGGCUUCAUCUCCGUCCUCCCAGGUGCAUUCUCCGCAUACCGCUACAUCGCUCUUCAAAACGACGCAAAAGGUCAAGGACCCCUCGCGUCUUAUUUCAAGGGUGAGACACUUCAUGGAAGUGAUGCGGGGAUUUUCGAGGCGAAUAUGUAUUUGGCUGAAGAUAGGAUCUUGUGCUUUGAGUUGGUUGCGAAGAGGAAGUGUGCGUGGGUUUUGCAUUAUGUGAAAUCUGCGUAUGCUGUCACUGAUGUUCCGGAUAAACUCCCUGAACUGAUUUCGCAACGACGAAGAUGGCUUAACGGAUCCUUCUUUGCGGCUGUGUAUGCCUUGGUCCACGCCUUUAGCAUUUGGAGAAGUGAUCACAGUAUCUUCCGGAAACUCAUGUUUCACGUGGAAUUUUUGUAUCAGUUCAUUUCGAUGGUGUUUAGUUGGUUCGCAUUGGGGAACUUCUUCCUCACGUUCGUGAUCUUGACGAGUAGUUUGGCGGAUUCGAGUGUGAACUUUAGUCCUGGAAAGGUGUUGUUCAUUAUAUUUGAGUGGCUUUAUGCGGCGUUGAUUGUCAUGUGUUUCGUGUUGUCGAUGGGAAACCGUCCGCAGGGUUCGAAGUGGGCGUAUACGGGAACGGCGGUGUUCUUUGCUAUUAUCAUGGCUUACAUGAUUUUUGCGUCGGGGUGGUUGUCGUAUCAGGGUGUUUCUGCGACGAUCGCGACUCUCAAAGCGGAGAAUGCGGAGUUUGGACAGAAUGCCUCUGUCACGCUCAAGGCCAUCUCGGAGAACACGAUCUUCCGUGAUUUGGUGGUGUCGUUGCUUGCCACCUACGGUUUGUACUUGAUCUCCUCGAUCAUUUACUUUGAGCCUUGGCAUAUGAUCACGAGUUUCAUUCAGUAUUUGUUGUUGUCGCCGUCGUACACCAAUAUCCUGAACGUUUACGCGUUUUGCAAUACGCAUGAUGUGUCCUGGGGUACGAAGGGUGAUAACGGUGUCAAGACUGAUCUCGGAGUCGUUAAUACGCAGAAAGAUGGACAAGUCGACGUUGAGAUCCCGACGAAGGAUGCGGAUAUCGAUGCGGCGUACUCUGAGGCGAUGGUGGUGUUGCAGCAACCCGCUCCGGAAGUCAAGCAGAAACGUGAUGCGACGACAAAGCAGGAGGAUUAUUACAAAGCCUUCCGUACCCGCGUCGUGUUGGCGUGGAUUAUCUCAAACGCCGCGUUGGUGGCUGUCAUUCUCAAUCUUGGUAGCUCAGUCAACAGUGUCAGUAUCUCGAAUAGUUCGAGUGCGACGAGUGUGUACAUGGCGAUUUUGUUGUGGUUUGUUGCUGGGUUGAGUUUGUUUAGGUUUUUGGGAAGUGUGCUUUAUUUGAUCAUUCGGAUGUUCAGUGGAGAGUGA